AUGGCAUUUGAAGAUAUAUUUAUUUCAGGAGGUGUUUGCCAAAUGCCUCAUGUACUUGAUCAUGACAAUAAUGGAACUGGAGUAUACUCCUCAUCUAAUAAUGUAAUAUUUUUUCAGAAAAAAAUUGAAGGAUUUUAUACAUCAAAUUAUGUUUAUAAUAUUCAUGAUAAUGAUUUGACUUGUUUGAAAUUUGUUGAUAAUAACAAAAAAAUUUUAUUAUCUGGAGAUAAAGAUGGUACAGUAAAAAUCAAUUUAUUGGAAAAUGAAGGCAAAUCAAUUUAUUUAAAAGAGAUGGAAUGUUUUAAAGAAACCAAAGGAUAUGCUGUCACAUUUGUUUAUGGUUUCAUUGAAAAUGAAAUAUUAUAUAUAUUAUUUUCUUCUCAUCAAGGAAAAACUUACUGUUACACAAUACAAUUACACUAUAAUAACUGGACAAUUAUAAAAAAACAAGAAAUUGUAUAUGGAAAAAUGAUAACAUUGUGUGGGGCAAUGGCAUAUUUUCAUGAAAUAAUUUUAGCAUUAAGUUUAUCUAACUCAACAAUAGCUAUUUUGACAAAAAAUAAAAAUGGUGGAGAUUUUGUUAAUAAAAUAUUUUUAGAUGGACAUUUAGAUUGGAUUCGUGAUCUAACAUUUAAUAUAUUUGAAAACCAAUUACUUUUAGCAUCAGCUUCACAAGAUACAUUUGUAAGAAUAUGGAAUUUUGAAUUAAUUGACAAAGACAAAAUGGAUAUUGUAAAAGAAGAAAAUGUUUUAAAAACAAAAGAAAUUAUAUUUGAAGGGCAAAAUAAUUCAUGGAAAGUAUAUGUUGAAACAAUAUUAUCAGGACAUGAAGGAUGGAUAUAUUCCGUUAAAUGGCAUCCAUCUAAAUUAGCAAUUUUAACAUGCUCUAUAGAUAAAUUUAUUAUGAUUUGGGAACCAUUAGAUGAUCGAGGUGUAUGGUUAGAAGAACAUCGACUAGGUGAAAUUGGUGGUCAAGCUGUUGGAUAUUAUGGAGCUACAUUUGGUGAUAAUGGAGAUGAAGUAAUAGCAAAUUCAUAUUAUGGAGGACUUUAUUGUUGGAAAAUGAAUGAAAAUGAAGAUUGGGAUAGUGUUAUUAUGCCAUCAGGACAUUCUGCACCAGUUACAGAUGUUGAUUGGGAUCCUAGAGGAAAUUUUGUAAUAACCUGUUCUAAUGAUCAAACUACUCGAAUUUUUUCCAUUUACAAUAAUCUUGUUAUUGGAGAGUUAAGUAGACCACAAAUGCAUGGACAUAAUAGAACAUGUCUAAAAGUUCUUUCCUCGGAUUGUUUUAUUUCUGGUGGUGAAGAAAAAAUAUUUAGAGUUUUUAAAGCACCUACAACAUUUGCCAAUUCUUUAGCAAAUAUUCUUCAUAAAAAUCCAGUAGAACUAUUUGAUAAUUAUUCUAAUCUUACAGAUUAUGGAGCUUUUGUUCCAUCACUUGGUUUAUCAAAUAAAGCUACCAACGUUUCUGAUGAGGAAAUGAAUGUUGAUGAUGAUAGAAAUCCUGUAUCAAAUGUAAAUGAUGCUAUGUCAAGUGAAAUGGCUAUUUUUUCAUCACAUCCAAAAAAUUUAACAUCUCUUCCAACAGAGGAUUGCUUGAUGCAAAAUACUUUGUGGCCAGAAAAAUUUAAGUUAUAUGGUCAUGGUUAUGAAGUUUUUGCCAUUGAUUCAUCACCUGACAAAAAAUUAAUUGCUACUGCUUGUAAAGCUUCUCAUCUUAAUUUUGCUUCUGUCUAUAUUUGGGAUACAGAAACAUGGAAAAGAAAAGCUGAAUUAACAUGUCAUCAGCUAACAGUUGUUGGAAUUAAAUUUUCUCACUCUGGUAAUUAUUUAUUAACAUGUUCCAGAGAUCGAACUUGGUCUAUUUUUAAAAAAGAGAAUAGUGAUGGCACAAACUGGAGAUUGCUUGCUAGACCAGAAGCUAAUUCAAAAAAUAAUCAUACAAGAAUUAUAUGGUAUUGUGAUUGGGCUCCAAAUGAUCAAUAUUUUGUUACCGUUGGAAGAGAUAAAAAGUUUUUGAUUUGGAAGUUUGAGAAUGAGAUAGUGACAUUUGUCAAAAGCUAUUUACACUCAGAAUCAAUAACGGCUGUGGCUAUUUGUCCUUUAGAUUCAUCUAUCAUAGCUAUUGGUUUAGAAUCAGGGAAAGUUGAAGUAUGGAAAUUCAUUAAUAAUGAUUUAGAAUGUAUUAUAUCAAAAAAAUUACACGGAAAAACAGUUAAACGCUUACGUUUUCCUAUAUCUAAUAAAACAGCAUUAAAUAUACAAUCUACCAAACCUACUCUUGCUUCAGUUGGAGAUGAUCAUUUACUUCGUAUAACAAGAAUGUCAAUAUAA